GAAUGAUAAUGGUUUUGUUGGUGGUGGGUUUUUUUUAAAGGCUGACCCUGAUUGACGCCUCUCUCCUCCUUUUCAGCUUUCUCCUCCUUUCCAGGAAAUCCAGGUGCUGGGCUGGUUUUCCCAGAAGAAGUCUCAAAGUGUUUAACGGGCUUGUGCGUAACGUUAUUUCUUGAUGAACGUGUUGCUUGUACAUUAACCUGCGCCAUUAACCUGGACACAGAGAGUCAAUGGAUGGAGCUUCGUCUUCUAUUUGUGUUUUGACACAAAACUAUUUAAUGCUGCAUCAUUCUGUCCUACGCUGUUUGGUUCUCCUGGCUGUCCUGCUGAGCCAUAAUACUGACGCUCUCCAGGUGAUUGGUGGAAGGGUGACAGUGGUUCAGGGAGGAACUGCUAUCUUACCAUGCGAACUCAUUGACUCAAGUGAUGACUUGACCCAGAUUACCUGGCAGAGGAGGACCAGAGAAAACCCUCAAAAUAAAAAUUUUAUUACUAUCCAAUCUGGAAAUAUACCGUUGUUUGUCAAUGGUCAUGAUGAUCGAUUUAAGUAUAUUGGGAAUUUUAAGAACAAAAAUGGAACGCUCCAGUUAUCCAGUGUUGCCCUGAAGGAUGAAGGCAUCUACACGUGCAUCUUCACCUUGUUUCCCAGUGGAAAUCAGAAGACUGAGAUUCCUCUAAACUUGCUUGUGCCUCCUUCCACAAGCGUGAAGGACAAUCUUCCCACUUUGGGUACAGAAGAGGUUUUAUUUGCUACCUGCACGGCUGCUGGCUCGAGGCCUCCUGCAGAGGUGAGGUGGCUCACUGGUACUUUGGCAGGAAAAGUGAGGACGACAACAAACUCCACCCAGUAUGACAACGGUACAACCACCACAGUCAACUCUCUGUUUGGUGUACCUACAAGAGAGCUCAACGGUCACCUGGUCCAGUGUGUCAUCAGCGGUGACUCCCUGUCAGAAAAAGAAACUCUGCCCUUCACAUUACAGGUUCACUUUUCUCCCGCAGAAGUGAACAUCAGAGCGAUUUCAGAGGAUUCAUUUGACUGUGUGUCAGAAGGCAACCCAGACCCCAAAUUUAUCUGGAGGAGAGCUGGCCAGCCUUUGCCGCAGUCUGCUGUCAAAGUAGAGGGUGCAAAGCUACAACUGCUGAGUCUGACCUCUGACCUAAAUGGCCUCUAUCAGUGUGAAGCAUCUAAUGCAUAUGGAAGAAAACACGCUCAGCUCUAUGUGCAUGUGAUAUCAGGAUCUUGCUUUGCUGGUUGGGCCUUGUUUAGUCUUUUGCUUUCCCUGAAUGUUUCGGGGGCUGCAGGAUGGUACUUUUAUAAAUCUGGAUGCUUUCAAAAGUACUUGACCUUUUGGCAUGGUAAGAGGCAUCUUUCCAAUCCAGCACCAGUAGUAUCCAGUAAUGGCAAAACACAUGAAAAACACAAGGAAGAGGAAUUAUUGACUUAUAUGGAAACAAAAGACUCCACCAAGGAGACACCCUAGACUUACAGGUAACUGGUUAAUGAACAGAUGAUCGUAUUGCUUGGUGGAUCAAAGUAUGACAGUACUGCUGCAUUCAUUCACAAGAAGGACAAGAUCACCACACUAUAGACCACAUGUCAAGUUUGUGGCUUGUAUCAUCUGUGAGGCAUGAGCAUUAAACUUUAUUUUAUUUGACAUUUCAGCAUCCCAGAAAAAGAACUACUGCAUUAAAGCAUCACACAAUGAAAAAAUAUAACAGUUUUUCAUGUACUAUACACUUGUGUCUCAAAUGGGUAAAGACACGUGUGUGUUUACCCACACACUUACCCAAGCAUUAACUUGUUAAAGCAUGCCAUUUGCACUGUAUUUUUUUUUUAAUUGAUGGUGGUGUAAAUUUUUUUCAUGAUGACAUUGCUGAUGUUUUUUUAAUAAACUGUAAUUUAAAAAGAUACACAGACUCAGACUGAGUUGUCUUGUGGUUACAUCUUUCCAUCUUGUGGAUGGAAACUGGCUUCUGUCACAGCUCCUCAGAGAGGAAAUACUGUAAAGGCUGUUUAAUUCUCCAGUCUAAAUUAAUGUGUGCAGAGAGAUGUUUUGACUAUAUUCCACACAGCAUCUUUGUAGCUUUGGUUUAUACAUAAAAAUGUGACCAGAAGAAUGAUUACCGUUAUCAACUGUUUGUAUAUAACAAAUAAAAAAUCUCAGAAGUACUGCAUGCUGGAGAUAGGAGUAAAUUUGCUUUGCUCCUGUGAAAGCGGCAAUGUAAACAAAACCCUUUUAGAAACUUCGUAAUCCAGCCUUGAACUGCAGUGGGGGUUUCUAGACUGUAAAUUGAAUCCACUUAGCAGCUCACUCAUCAAAGGUCUUAUGUGAUUACUUAUCAGUGUUUCCAUUUUAAAGACCGCUUUUAAUGUUGUUAGCACUGAUUUUCAGACUAGUCAGAGGCUGACUAAGAAUGUGUGUUUGAGUAAAUGGUAAAUGAACUGGUUCUUAUAUAGAGUGCUCGAAACUGAGGAUAAAAGCAAAUCUCAUUCACCCAAUCACGCACACAUUCAUACAGUGCUUUUAUCUAUAAGGACCUACACGCCCCUCCAAAAUUUGUUGUUACUGGAACAGUGAGGCCAAUACCUUUUAUUUUUAAAAUACAUUUGUACCUUACCGGCUACAAAUGUAUAUAAUAUUUUGAUAUCUUUAUAUAGUGUUUUGACGUGUGUGUAUAUGUGUGUAUAUGUAA